GAGGGUGGUCAGGUGCUAAGCCAAGGCCGGCAGUCGGAGGCCCGUGCAGCUGGACUGCGGGGACAGGGCUAUGGAGAAAGGGAGGCGGCUAGUGGCCACCUAGGGGUUGGUGGAAUUACUGCAGGAGGCUAGGGAGGGGGAGCCAUGGGGUGGGGAUAAGGUACCAGAGGGAGGGUCUUGGGGAUUUCCUGUAUCCAAGCAUGGCCCCAGACUCCCACAGCCACUGGGGGCAUUGCCCUGAGGGGUCAGUGGGACACUUCAAGCUUGCCAAGCCAAAGAGAAGCCCCGGUGUCCCUGGCCACUGGGGCCGUCCUCCCUGCAGGACUCUGCCACUGGGGGCGCUGUGCUCACGGUUUCUGCCAUCGGUCAUGGGGUCAGCCAGUCCUGGGCCUUGGGGGAAGCCAGCUCCUGAUCCAGGAGCCUUACAAAGGGAGAGGAAGGUUCAGGGGCCAGUGGAGAAAUUAACGGUGCUGGGCUGGUCCUGCCUGUGUGGACAAAGCCAGUCACUCAGGUUUCCGCUGGCUUCAGCGACUCGGGUUCCACAGAAACCACCCAGGAGAAAUGUUCUCUGCUGUGUGGGACAUGGGGCAGGGGGGCCGGGCCUCUUGGAUCCAGGCAGCACAAGGAGGCAAAGGCAGUAAAGGGCGUGGAGGGGUGCUGGCUUCCUGGGGUGCUUCCCAAAACACGUCUGCCUCUUCAAGUAUCUGGCCAGACUGGCUCUUCUGGAUUCUAGGGGUUAGUUAGGCUGGGCAGUGCCCCAUGUCACUGGGUGAGGGUGACAGAAUUUGGGGCAGAGGCCUGGUCAGGCCAGCCCUGGGGAGCAUGAGGCUUGGGGAGAUACAGACUCACAAACACCCGCGGCAGAGUUCACCAGGCCCCAGGUACCCCUAGAUCACCACUUCUCAGCUGCACGCUUCCUCCCUGCCAGGACCCAGGAACCCUGUGGUCCAGUGUUGGGUGGAGGGAGCACCUCAGAACGGGCCAGGACCCAGAAGGCCCACCCCAACGAUGGCAGGCCCCUAUAAGGGCACCUGGGUGGCAGCGGGGGCACUCCUCUUGCCUCUGCUCCACCCCAGGCCUGCCUGAGCUUAGAGGUGGUGACACCUUUCUCAACCUUUCUCAUCCCCAAGAUGUCUGGCUGGGUCGGCAUGCAGUGGGGACAGCCCAGCUCCUGACCCCAGGCCCUGCCUGGACCCAACUGCUUCUUUAGGGCCGAAUCAGGCAGGGCCUUAGCUCAGGGUUGAGCCCUGACUUCUGGACCCUGGACCCUGCUGGGGUCUCCUCAGGGCUGUCUACAGCUGCCCGGGGCCUCCUCGCCCAGAGGGGUUGGAUGUCGGGGUGAAGGGCCCUUCUCCCCCUCUUUUUGCAACAUCCACCAUCCCAGGGCUCUCAUCCCUUCCCCAGGGCCCUGGUGGGCAGAGCCAGACCCCACACGCUCCAGCUUCAGGCUGGCAACUCACUGCCGGCAGCAAGGGCAGGAGGGCCCUUCCCAGGCCCCUGAUGCGCACACCCGGGGGGUGACUGUGUGGGAUGGCCCCACCCCCACACAGGAAGAGCAUGAGCGCACACGCAUGCGCCACCACGCCUGUCCCUGGUCCUGCCUGCCCGGGGCCAGCUUCUAGGUCAGGCCUGGGCACGACCUCCCCGGAGAACCAGGGGCAGGUGCUGCGGCUGGAUCCCGCUGUGCAGCUCGGGGUGUGUGGUGGCCAUGGCUUGGGGGGUGUGGGGCCGGGCCCGCGGAGGCCCUGUGGGGGCUCUGACCCUGACGGCUCUGGCUGAAGGGAUCCGGGCCAACCAGGGGCAGACCCCGGGUCGCUCUUCCAUCGGCCCUCAGCCGGAACAUGGGCUUGAACCCGAGGUGGAGCCUAAGAGUGCAGCCGCCGUCCCCACCGUUGGCGGUGAGGCCUGCUCCCUGCCCAGCAGGACAGAGCUGGCCCCUGAGGGACCCUAUCAGGACCCCCAAAACUCCUGGGAGGAGGGGGCCCUCGCGGACCUGGCGGUGUACACGGCUGCCUGCCUGGAGGAGGCUGGCUUUGCGGGGACGCAGGCCACAGUGCUCACGCUGUCCUCAGCUCUGGAGGCCCAGGGGCAGCAUCUGGAGUACCAGGUGCACACCUUGGUGCGUGGGCUGCUGGCACAGGUGCCCAGCCUGGCUGAAGGGAGGCCGCGGCGGGCGGCCCUCCGCGUGCUGAGCGCGCUGGCCCUGGAGCACGCGCGGGAAGUGGUGUGGGCGCUGCUGCCAAGCUCACUGCCCCUGGACCGCCCCGCCGAGCCCAGAGCGGCCCCCGCCCGGCAGCGGCGAGUCGUCCACGCAGACAGCAAGCGCUCUGUUGCUCUGGGGUUAGCGGAUGGAGAGCUGGGGGAUGGUCGACCGACUCUCUGCAUGCUGGAGUCCUCGUGGCCACCUCCGACCCUGGCCCGGGGACCCCCCACAUCGGACCCUAUCUCAGGUGCUCCUACCCCCAGGGCGGCCGCUGAGCUGUGGCGCAGCCUGAGCCGAAAUCCGCGCGUGAAUGGGCAGGUGCUGGUCCAGCUGCUGUGGGCACUGAAGGAUGAAGCCGGGCCCGAGCUGGAGGCGUUGGCGGCCACUCGGGCCCUUGGGGAGAUGCUGGCUGUGUCGGGCUGCGUGGGUGCCACUCGGGGCUUCUACCCACACCUCCUGCUCGUGCUGGUCACGCAGCUCCACCGGCUGGCGCGGCGGGUGCACCCCCCUGACGCCCUGAAGGUGUGGGCCCCCUCGCACCGAGGGCCACCACACAGCCACACCAGCUGCGCCGUGGAGGCCCUGAAGGCCUUGCUUACCGGGGAUGGCGGCCGCAUGGUGGUCACAUGCAUGGAGCAGUCUGGAGGCUGGAGGAGGCUGGUGGGAGCCCACACCCACCUGGAAGGCGUCCUGCUGCUGGCCAGUGCCAUGGUGGCCCACGCGGACCACCACCUGCGCGGCCUGUUCGGGAACUUGCUGCCGUGGCUGCGCAGCCCCGACGAAACGCAGCGCCUCACGGCCAUGGCCUUCUUCACCGGGCUGUUGCAGAGUCGGCCCACAGCAAGGCUCUUGCGGGAGGAGGUCAUCCUGGAGCGGCUCCGGGCCUGGCAGGGCGACCCCGAGCCCACCGUGCACUGGCUGGGCCUGCUGGGCCUCGGGCACCUGGCCCUGAGCCGCGGGAAGGCCAGGGACUCGGUCCGUGCCUCGGCCUUCGGGCUUCUCGGGACGCUGGUGCGGCGGGGCCGGGGUGGGCUCCGGGUGGGGCUCCGCGGCCCCCUGCGGAAGCUGGUGCUCCAGAGCCUCGUCCCUUUGCUGUUGCGCCUGCAAGAUCCCAGCCGGGACGCUGCUGAGAGUUCAGAGUGGACCCUGGCCCGCUGUGACCAGGCCUUGCGCUGGGGCCUGCUGGUGGACAUGGUCACUGUGGCCCACUAUGACAGCCCUGACGCCCUAAGCCGCAUCUGCCACUGCCUGGUUCAGCAGUACCCAAGUCACAUCCCCAGCUUCCUGAGCCAGAGCCAGGGCUACCUGCGGAGCCCACAGUGCCGCUUGCGCUGGGCAGCUGCCGUGCUCCUAGGUGAGGCUUCCUCGUCCAUCACACCAGCCCUGGCCGUGUCAACCAGGACCUGCUGGACUCCCUGUUCCAGGACCUGGGGCAGCUGCAGAGUGACCCAGAGCCCGCUGUGGUCGCCGCGGCUCACGUGUCCGCCGGACAGGUGGCUCUGCUGGCCCACGCACAGGCCCCGCCCCGCAGCCUGCGUCUCCUCCGCCCAGGCCUCCGGCACCACACCUGGCCCAGCCGGCCCCCACCAGUCUAUGCCAACAGCCCGUUCCAGCCCCGGAGCUUCAUAGGCCGCUGGGGCGGCUUGGGACCUGGCUGAACCUGACCCUGAGCUAGCCCGGAGGGUGCCUGUGGUCCGAGUCUGGCCGUAUACUGCUCUGUGGCCAGUCCUGGCAGGGGCAGGUGUGCAGAAGCGGCUCUGCAUGAGGGCCCUGGGCCUGGUACUGGAUGCGUACAAACCCUCCCUCUCUAGGAAUGUGCCGCCACGACAGCCGUGUGACCUAGGACAGCGGUGCCUUCUGUGCAAGCACCAUCUUGCCCUUGGCAGCCCCCUUGCCUCUUGCACCCAUGGGCCCCUCUGUUCCCACUCAGGCCUGUUGCUCUCCCAGCUCCCUGGAGUGUGCCCCACCCCAGCCUGGAUGGCACCUGGCCUCCCGAGCUGGGUUCGGGUGGGGACACCGAGAGACUGGCCCGACCCUGUGAGCUGGCCCCAUGAUAGGGUGCCUGCUUCCUGGUCUUUGCACACAGCCUGGCUCAGCUUCCCCGGCCAGUCUGGGCUCUCCUCCCCAGCAGCCUGAAGUCCCCCAUCGCGUGUCCCACUCCUUGCUGGCCUGUCCCCACUCCCCCCACGCCCACUCCUGAGCCUCAUGUCAGGCCUCACCUGAGCCUUCUCCAGGUUUCCCCACUGGUGGCUUGGGAUGGUUCCUGUGGCUUCCGAUGUGGGGUGCCACUAUCCACGCCCACAGACUGAGCCCUCAGCCGGCUCUCCAGCACCCUGCUUGGGCUCAAACGAGGACAGCAUGACCGCGCAUGCCGGGCGGGAGCCUCUGUGGGAGCUGUGGCCCUGGCUGCCUCUACCCACAGUGCCUGCCUUGAAAUGUUCUCUUGCCUUUUAGGGCCCAGCCCCACAGCCAUCUCCUCGGAGAGCCUUGGCUCACACAGCCUCUUGCAGGGCUGGGUCCAGCCCCCCAGCCUGGGGACCCCCCUGUGGAAAGUGUUUAAAAUAAACACAGGGGUAUUAAAAGGUCUGGCAUGUUUCCGGGGACUGGGUCUGGGCCAAGGGUGGAGUCCUGAUGACCUUGGCCUGGUCCAACAUCCGGCUCAGGUUGGGAUCAUAGAUAAGGCAGCGUGUAGCCAGGAAUAAGGGUCAGCCCGCCGGAGGGUUAGAGCCCAGCUGGUUCAGGGUCCAGGUUUAUGGCCAGGGUCAGGCAGGGCAUCGCCUGAGACCAAGAGAAAGCUACAGAGCUGAGGCAGGAAGGAGGUGAGGUUUCUCUAGGCCCAGGCAGGGUCCGGCCAAGGGCACGGGUCUGUGCGGAACCAGGGGCCUGGUGUAUUCCUUUAGACCUUCCAGAGCAGGUGCCAAAACAAGAUUAGGCUGCAGGAAAUGUACCGCGGACACUCUGGACAGGCAGGAGGCCCUCAGACUCCCAGGGAAGGAUGGGCGGGGGAAGCCAAGGAUUGCUUGGGGUGUCCGGACGCUAUGCUGGCCUGGGGGCUCUCAAGCCAGACACACCCCGCCCCGGGAGGACUGCAGCUCCCAGGCUGGGGGCGCUGUGCAGGGCUGGGUCUCCCUCUUCAGUUUCCCCGGAGGCAGCUGGCCUGUGCAGGGAGUGUCCUCAGAGCCCCUGAUUUGGUCUGGGCCCCAGGCUGGGCCAAGCCCAGGCCUCCUGGCCCCCUCCGUGAUGGCCCCUGAGGGCAGAAGCAAGCCGGGCCUCCCCACAGCUGUAGCCCAGGAACCGGAACCUGGGCUGAGUGUCCUCUGGCCACUUCUGCCACCAAGAAGAGCAGACUGGGCAGUGGGCCCUCUCGAAAGUGGGCCCAGGCUCAGAUGACAGCUCGGCAGGCGGCACGCGGCCCCUUCUCACUGCACCUGUGGUGCCCACAGCCCAGCUGUGGCAGGAGUGCAGGCCGUCUCUUGCACAAUGCAUCUGCUCGUGCUCAUGUGUCCACCCCUACCUUGCUAUGCCCCCAGUGCCUGCAAGCCCCACUCGCCUCCCUGCCGCCGGGUGUGGGUUCAUCAGAGUCCACGUGGCCCAAAGGCCCAGACGGUGGCUGGGCCCUGGGAGUGUGAGUCUUC